AUGGCCGCUUUAUCAUCGCUCAAGUUGCAGUCGGGGUCUCGGCUCACCGCCGGCUCUGAUCGUUUCCAGCGGUCGAGCGCACCUUGGCAACCUUACGGAACACACAAGACAGAGACGGGGAUGGCUCGUCAAGAGCUCAAUGCCGCUGACAAAGCUGUUCGAAAGUCGUUCGUGCCAGAAGCAGAAUCACUGGGUUGCAAGACCAAAGUUGACCAAAUGGACAAUAUCCUCGCUGUCUGA